AUGGCUCAUAUUUCAUAUCCCUUUAAAAGAACUAACAAAUCUGUAUACCAAAAACCGGCUUCGGCGUUGACUGAAGAUAACAUAUAUUGGAAGAAGUUAGGGCAACCUGUAUUGGUUAAAGAAUUUGGAGCUAUCGACUAUUUAGAUUUCAGCCCUGUUGAACCAUACUAUAUUGCUGCAACAUGUUCAGUCAGAAUACAGAUUUAUGACCCAAUUACAAAAACUGUUGCGAAAAAUAUUUCAAAAUUUUUGGAGGCGGCCUAUGGUGGUUGUUUCAGAAAUGAUGGAAGACUUUUAGUAGCAGGAAGUGAAGAAGCAGCUGUAAAAUUAUUUGAUGUCCAAUCAAAAAAUGUAUUACGUGUAUUCAAUGGCCAUUCUGGACCUGUUCAUAGAACUUUUUUUACAAAAGAUCAAAAUAAAGUUAUAAGUUUCUCAGAUGACAAAUCUGUAUGCCUUUGGGAUAUAGCUACUGAAGAGAAAAUUAAAAGCUUCUCUGAGCAUACUGACUAUGUCAGAGCUGGAGCACCAAGUCCUGUAUCACCGGAUCUAAUUCUAUCUGUAAAACAGAUAAUACAAAAG